AUGCACUUCCCAAGUCUCGCCGGGACCCUCGCCCUCGCAGCAUCCACCGUAGGCGCUGCGAAGAUCAACCUCGAAAUCGGCUACUUUUCCCUCGUCAUCCCCCCCACCACUGGCAACACACCUGGUAUCGGCUGUGGUCCAUGGGCACUGGCCACAGGUGUCGAUGGCUCUACCAAGAGUCCCACCGGUAUGAAAGGAAGCGACGAGUGCCCCAACUCAGAGCUCAGGAACUUCUGUCAGCGGUUCGGAUGUCCCCAGACGUUGAGAUUCGGCGACACGCUUGCUUUCCAGAUUCAGUCUGGCAGUGGACAGAGUCUUACGGUGAAAGGGAGCGUUCUCAAUGGAAAGUCGCAGACUGUGACGUGUGGACGAUCUGUCGUGACGCACUCUGGGAAUAAGUACCGUACGAACAUCUGCUACUUUGAUCUUUGA